AAGUGUUCGGCGGGCACUCAGUUGACGGUCUUAUGCUACGCCCACCACCUGGACCCCUCCCAAUGCGAUUAUGCUCAGAAGACUAGGAGAUUACGUGUAUGAACGCCGUCAGGGCUUGCUCAGGACCGGAGGCGUCGUUGCCGGCGUCUACCUAGCCGGGUCCUAUGUUGCUGAAAGCGUAUCCGAGCUACGAGACCGGAUGGUCCAGGAACGCAACGCGAGGGAGAACCUACGCAGACGUUUCGAACAGAACCAGCAAGACGCAUCCUAUAUGAUCAUGGGGUUAAUGCCGACACUUGCCUCUCAAAUACUGGAUGGCAUGGAUGUAGAGACUCUCACUGCGGAGCUACAGUCGAAAGCCAAAGCCAAACCACCGAAAGCUGCUCCCAGUGACCCAGCACCGCUGCCAAUUGAAAUACAAAUGCCCACGGCGCCUUCUACCGAACCAGAUCACAGUACAAGAACGGCGUCAGAUCAGGAGCUGUCUGGCAGCCAAGCUCCAUCCCGCUCAACUUCACUUACCAUGUCCAUGUCAAGCUUUUCUAUUCCUGAUCGUCCUGAUGAACCCGGGCCAGGGUCUCUGACAGGCUCGUCAUUCCUUGACGCUAGUCUUGGCCAAUCCAGUAUGGGUGAUACAGGGCGCAGCUGGAUUACAGAGUUUACCGGCAGCGCCAAUCCCGAUUCGCGGCAUUCACCAACAUCUGCUUCGUCUGCCGCAGGAUCAUCUGGACGUGCGUCACAAGCACAGUCCCUGCCUGACUCCCUGUCGACGUCCGCCGUCAGCUCGGCGAUUGGUGACGCGAACGAGCAUCCGCCUAGCACGAACACGCGUACUAAAGCUGAGCUUUGGAAGGAGAUCAAGAUGCUUACAUUCACCCGCACCCUCACCGUCCUUUACGCUUCGACCCUUCUUGCGCUCUUCACGCAUGUCCAACUCACUCAACUCGCCCGCAGAAGAUACAUUGCAAGUGUCAUACGCUCAGAGCGCGAAGAACGUCGGAGGGAACAGGAACGACAUCUCCUUAAACCCGGAAUCGGCCUGGCUUUGCAUCUGUGGUUCGGUGGCGAUAUUGGCUUGCCUUGGAUGUCAGGAGGUGCAUUAGCGUUGGCCGAAGAGGAGGAGACGAGAGACGUAGAUGGGAGCGUCGACGGAGAGACUGAGAGAAUGUUUUUGACGUUGAGUUGGUGGAUCCUGCAUGUAGGAUGGAAGGACGUUGGCGAGCGCGCGAGAAGAGCGGUGGAAGAAGUUUUCGCUCCGGUGUCCCUGAAGACUCAGAUGACGGCAAUGGAACUUCACCGUUUGGUUCAUGAUGUACGUCGACGUGUUGAGCACGAGGUGACAUUCGAAGGCACAGAGAGGAGGAUAAAUUUCCUCUCAACACUCCUACCACCCACCACGGAAAUGCUACACCACGUGCUCACCAAAGGCGGCAUUCGAGUGGCACCACCGGCGCCGCUCGGCUUACCGCCUCGCGAGCUCACUGUUUCCGCCUCCGAAUCCUCGUUAUCGUCAUUACCCUCCAUGUCCGCCUCCCUGCUCCCGCCCACCUCCCUAUCCGACCUUACUCCUGACCCUCCGCUAUAUCCAGCGCCGCAACUCCACACUGAUCUAGAGCCUGCUUUCGACGAUCUCUUGUCCGAGACGAAGCGAGUACUCGCAGGCCCGGAUUUUGCACGUGUGUUGGAACUCUGUCUAGACCGGGCCACGGAAGUGCUGUUCACUGGGCUCGAACGGAGUAUUUUUCGGGACGUCAAUCUUCCAGUGGAUCUCGGAGACAAAAGUACGCAGAUCGCAGAGGAUGAGGCUAUUCAGGUACGGUUAGCAGGCAUGCUCCCAGGUCUGGCGAGAUGGAGCAACCUGGCAUUGACCUCUUUACCGAACGAAUUGGUUGAUCAAGUCUCCAAUGUAGCUGAGGUUACGACGUUAUCUGCCAUCAUUUUCGGAGAGUUUGGAGGCCGGUUUAGUUGAUCAGCUUUCGCUUUCUGUAGCGCACUACAUAUGUAUGCUGGAUAUCUAUUUGGAUUCUGUUAAUUCUACAUAAAC